AUGGUGAAUAAAAGCUCUCUUGCGACUCAUAUUAUUGAUCCAGACAGCGAAGUUAUGAUAUUACUGCGCAAUUCCAGUAUAGCUUUUGCCCAAUCGGAUGAAGAUAUGGUUGUCGGCCUGAGCCCUGCUGAAGAGAGCGGGCGGUCGAAGAAGAGAAAAGGAUCUAGGGCUAUUCAGACAUCACUUGAACCCACUCCACCGCCAAUAGAAGAGUCUGCCACAGAGCCUACCGAAGAGCAACCUAUCAAAGAGCCAACCAAAAGUGGACUCGUCUGUGAACCGCUGAACGAGAGUUGCUUCGGCAUCCAAGUCUCCGUGGAGCCUUUAAUACUUGCCUCCUCAGUUUUCAAAAAGAUACUCCCUGGUGGUUGGAAGGAAAGCCUUACUUAUCUGCAAAAGGGCUUGGUUGAGAUUGCUUGUGAAAGCUGGAAUAUCGAAGCGCUCUUGAUUCUGCUUCAAUGUAAGCUGUGCAUUUUUUUUUUUACGGAUACAUGGAUCAACGCUCUGGAGGAAAAAGCCCCCACAAUAUAUUCUCGAGAUGUUAUGUUGAGUGCCGGUUUAAUUACCAACUGGGAGCUUCCAAUCUCCGAUAAAGUCAUAGGAUCAAUGAAUGAACUGAGACAGGAAGCUAUCAAUGACGUGAUUCUCUUCCUUUAUAGGACACGCGAGUCCCUUCUACGCGGCAAUCGAGGGUGUGGCUUUGAGUGCAACUCCUUUUUGGGUUCGAAUUACCAAUGUCUCGUGCAGAUACUAUCGUCAUUCAAAUCAGCACAGUGGUAUACAUCGUCCUCGAGCUAUGAGUACCACCACGAUUGCUCUGACGCAUCUCCCCAUCCCUACUUGGAAGUUUGA